AACAAUCUGGAAGCUGCUCCAGCAGUAUAAAAGGCGACUCCGGGCGAGUUACUUCACUGACCACAAGAAAGUAUAGAAGUGUGACAGAAAACGAACAACUGGUUACACAAAGAUGUUCAAGGGUCCGGUACUUGUUGCUGCAAACAUCACCAUUCUCGUGAUACGAUGCAUUUGCGGGGAUGUGACUUUUGGAGAGAAACAUCUCCAAUCAGGAAGUUUACCAAAAGAUCCCUCGAUUGAUACUGACCAAUUAUCGCCAGUAACAACUGAAGCUGGCGCCACAGUCCAUGGGAAGAUUCCUGAAGGAUAUUACUUAACAAGCAUGGGGCACACGGGACAUUCGGCAUACGGUGACAUUAUUGAGGACAAAACAUCGUCCCAACUAGCCAGGACGCGACUACACCCUCAAUAUCCCAACAGGGCCUACACUAACACUGGCGAAACAGAUUUAGAGUCAGACUCUCAGGUAGACUUUGAUCCAGAUUAUGUUGCCGAUAUUUCCAAAUAUCUUACGAAUGAAAUAUUGCAGAUCGUCACCAAUGGGAAUAAAUUUACCUCGACAAUGAUAGCAAAAAUACUGGAAACCUUGAUGUUGGAGAAUCAGCCCAAUGGAAAAUCAGAAUUGUCGAAAACAUUAAACAUGCCCGAAAACACAUCAGCUACUAUCAGUAAUGGCAAUACUGUGACGUCAAAUUCUGUUUCUAGCCCCUUCUUCAGGCCAGUCAAGACGAUGGCUGAUGUCAUGGCUCUGGGGAAACCUAAGGCUUCCACGGUAGUUCACGUGCAGAAGAAAGCCUUUUUUUGUCCACUGAUGUAUCGCACGGCCUUCUCCGUCAGCAGGUGUUGGAUGUUCUCAAAGCUCAUCAAAACGAGACAAGUACGCAUGCGCCAACACGCUAUAGCUAGAGCAAAGGCUGCGAAGAAAAAACUUGCCCGUGCAGCACGGAAAUAUUAACUUGAGUAAAGAACAUAUCAGACAUGUAAUUCCCUCCUUAGCAUAUAUCCGUAUAGAUAAUAUAUAGAAAAAUGCUACCAGAUCUUAAACGUCAGAACAUAAUUAUUUUGUCUUUAAAGCAGCAAGCAAUAUGUCAUCGGCAGUGAUUCAUGAUAUGGUAGUAAAUAGAACAUAAUUAGUAAGGAUGUAACUUUCAUAUGAGGUACGUAAUUAAGGGUGUAACUUGAAUACGAUGUACAUAAAAAGGGUGUAACUUUCUUAUUGUGUACAUAAUUAAGGGUGUAACUUACAUAUUGUGUACGUAAUUAAGGAUGUAACUUAUUAUUGUGUACGUAAUUAAGGGUGUAACAUUCAUAUAAGGUACGUAAAAAGGGUGUUACUUUCAUAUUGUGUACGUAAUAAAUGAUGAAACUUUCACAUGAGACACAUAAUUAAGUUUGUAACUUACAUAUGAGGUACGUAAUUAAGGGUGUAACUUACAUAUGAGGUAGGUAAUUAAGGGUGUAACUUACAUAUGAGAUAUAAUUAAGGGUGUAACUUCCAUAUGAGGUAUGUAAUUAAGGGUGUAACUUACAUGAGGUAGGUAAUUAAGGGGUGUAACUUCCAUAUGAGGUAGGUAAUUAAGGGUGUAACUUACAUAUGAGGUAGGUAAUUAAGGGUGUAACUUACAUAUGAGGUAGGUAAUUAAGGGUGUAACUUACAUAUUGUGUGCGUAC